ACCGUCAUGGAGAACCACUCCAGUGUAUCUGAAUUUUUCCUCCGGGGAAUAUCUGAUUUGCCGGAGCAACAGCACUUACUCUAUGGAAUUUUCCUGUGUAUGUAUCUUGUCACCUUGACUGGGAAUGUGCUCAUCAUCCUGGCCAUUGCCUCUGACCCACACCUCCACACCCCCAUGUACUUCUUUUUGGCCAACCUGUCCUUGGUGGACGUGGGUUUAACAUCCUGCACAGUCACCAAGAUGCUGGUGAAUGUUCAGACCCGGCAUCCUACCAUCUCCUAUACUGGUUGCCUCACACAAAUGUACUUCUUUCUGAUGUUUGGUGACCUGGACAGCUUCUUGCUGGCUGUAAUGGCAUAUGACCGAUACGUGGCCAUUUGCCGCCCUCUCCACUACUCCACAGUAGUGAGCCCCCGGGCCUGCGUCCUGCUGCUCGCCUUGUGCUGGCUUCUCACUAACCUGGUUGCCCUCACUCACACCCUCCUCAUGGCCUGGCUUAUGAAGUCUGAGAAUGAGAGCAUUGUGUCCGAGUUCCUCCUCCUGGGGCUCCCCAUCCGGCCAGAGCAAUGGAGCAUCUUCUUCACCCUGUUCCUGGGCAUGUACCUGACCACGGUGCUGGGGAACCUGCUCAUCAUCCUGCUCAUCAGGCUGGACUCUCGCCUGCACACCCCCAUGUACUUCUUCCUCAGCCACUUGGCCCUCACUGACAUCUCCUUCUCAUCUGUCACUGUCCCAAAGAUGCUGUUGAGCUUGCAGACCCAGCACCUAUCCAUCACCUAUGAAGGGUGCAUUUCACAGACAUGUUUUUUCAUAUUUUUUGCUGACUUGGACAGUUUUCUUAUCACUUCAAUGGCCUAUGAUAGGUAUGUGGCCAUCUGUCACCCUCUACAUUAUACCAGUGUCAUGAGUCAGAGCCUGUGUGGCAUGUUGGUAGCUGUGUCCUGGGUCAUUGCUGGUGCUUGUGCUCUUUUGCAUACCCUCCUCCUGGCCCGGCUGUCCUUCUGUGCUGACCACAUUGUCCCCCACUUCUUCUGUGACCUUGGUGCCCUGCUUAAGUUGUCCUGCUCAGACACCUCCCUCAACCAGUUGGUGAUCUUCACUGCAGGGUUAGCAGCCAUCGUGCUUCCAUUCCUGUGCAUCCUGGUUUCGUAUGGUCGUAUUGGGUUCACUAUCUUCCAGGCUCCCUCUUCCAAGGGCAUUUACAAAGCCCUGUCCACUUGUGGUUCCCAUCUCUCAGUGGUGAUUCUCUAUUAUGGGGCAAUUAUUGGUCUUUAUUUUCUUCCCUCAUCCAGCAACACCGGUGAUGAUAACAUAAUUGCUUCGGUGAUGUACACAGUGGUCACCCCCAUGCUGAACCCCUUCAUUUAUAGCCUGAGAAAUAAAGACAUGAAAGGGGCCUUAUUUAAACUCCUGAGUAAGAAGACAUAUUCCUCCCACUGA